UUGGUUAAUUUUUUUUAACAAGUGGUUAUUAAGUAGUUACUGAAAAUGUUUUAAGCAUGCUUGACUGAUAUCUUUGGUUUAAUUAUGUUUCUCUACUCAGUGAUUAGAAAAAAAAAAAAUAAAUAAAUAAAAUAUCCAAGUCAACUGGGAGGAACUUUGAAAAAUUGCUAAAAGAAUUUUUGUUAAAUAUUUAUCGACACACUUACAAAUAAAGUAGUGGCUACUUUUGUGUAGCGCAUAUGCCACUAAAUUUGGUGACAGACAUCCAACUAGUCUGUUCUCACUAUGUGGUCAUUUGAUAGUUAUUCUUCUCCUUGCGUUAAAUAAUUCAUGUGCCAAAUAUUUGUACGAGGACGAUGAUAUAUAGAUACAAUACACACAAAUAAAAUACUAACAUAAGAUGAGCAGUGGCCGUAGAGUAAGCGUCAGAUGUACAAUUGGUCAAUAUUUCUAGGUUCUUAAAAUACUUUUAACGAAGCCUCGCUAAGGUCCGGGGAUUUUAAGAGAGAAAUUGCUAAAUGAAAUGCCGAUGGGCGAUUUUCGUGUUUACGCUAGUCAUCGAAUUUUUACUUGUGCGCUAGUGAUACAUUGGAAUAAUCAGAAAUAUUUUCUAGUUCGACGUGCAGUACAUUGAAAAAAAAAUCAUUGCAGCUACAAGCUUGACGAAGAGAAAUUUUUCAAUAACAUAAUUUGAUAGUGACAAGUAUCGUAUUAUAUUGCACAAACAAUGUGAUUGAAUUCGUAAUAUUUUCAUUUCUUUUCAAAAUUCAGCAUUUUUUUUAACCCUAAAAUUACAUUACCAUUGAUCAAGUAACAAUUAUUCACAUUGAUUAGUGAUUAUCGCAUCAUUAAAAAAUUUAUAAGCAUAGGUAUAUCUUACAAGCGAUUACCGAUUUUUCGGUAUUAUGUGUAAAUUAUAAGUUGUAGCUCAAAAUGGGCUUGCGAUAAAACACUCUAUACCUGUAGCAGCGACAGCAGCGUCGAUAGCAGUGGCAGCAGCAUCAGUGUAAGCAAUUUAUAAAAAUGCGAGAGAAAAAGAGCACGCGAAGGGGAAUGAGAUUAGUCGAGGAGAGGGAAGGGAGGCACUCUAUUUUUGUCAAGCCUAUAAGCAAACAAGCGCGGGGACACGCUCAGUCUGCGGUCUAACCUCUGGUUCUUCGGACACCCUUGGCUGCCGUUUUUUCGCUGUUAUCGAGAUAGCUGGUGGUGGCCCGGUCCCGUGGCUACACAUCCGGGCCACCCCCGCCUUCGCGUCUAACGAGUGUUAGUGUCAACAUAAUUUUCAAUAGUAGUAGUAGUAAAAAAAAAAAAAAAAAAGAAUUGGGCCGCGAAGAUGUUUUCGUGGUCAUCCCAGCCGGACGAAGAGGAGGAGGAGGCGCUGCUCUGCAGCCCGGCCCUCAUGGCCAGGAGAGCCUCGGAGUCUUGGAUCGACACUCCCCCUGUCGAGGCGGUGCCAGCGACGGUGGUAAAUCUGCAGCGAAAAAAAUCGCUGCCCGAUGUGGCGCAGCCGAUUCAACUGACAGCAACGGCACCGCUCUCUAGGGAGGAGGUUAGCGUCCUAAGCAGCAUGAGGCGCGAGGAGAUACGCAGGCAGAUCGACGAGCACGAGAGGCUUCGGGCUAAUCCUCUGCUCUACCUUGUCAGUCCUCAAGUCAAAGACUGGUUCUCGCGGCAGCAGCUGGUGAUACUCGUGCUGGUCAUCAACAUUACACUGGCGAUAUUUUUCGUAAGGCUGCUGACGUAGCAUCAGCAAGCCGACUACGAUCGGCUUGAGAAUCGAGUCGUCGAGGUCACUUGAAGCCAUUUACGACGGGGACCCGUGGAAACUUGCUAAUUUUUUAUCGCACUACGUCCUCUCUGCCACGGGCACGAGGCUGCGGGAGCAGACAACAAAAAACAAGAAGAUGUUAAAGCGGCCGUCUGAUCUUGUGCCGGGCUCGUGGGACUCUAAUGGAUUAUAAUUCCGGGAGGGAUUACGAACGAUUCAAGAUGACGAAAUCAAAUACGACGCGCAACACGGGGUUUUUGCGCGUCCACCGAUAUUUUUUGGAGGGGAGGCAGCUUAGCCGAGGAGAAUUAUUGUUACUUGUGUGUUUCUUUGCCUGAAAUGCAAAACUGAUUUUGUAAACGGGAAUCAAGAGCAUAGAUGGUUCAACACGUGCUUACAGACACAUGUUUGGAGUAAUUAUUUAUCUAACGCGUGGGAGCAAACAUAUUCUAUAGCCAAUCGAGGGAAAACGCUGCGCGAAAAAAACACGAUAUUAGUUCGGGAGAGGUCAAGCUGGAAACUUUGCAGUUGCAGAGGAACCUACUCUAAAUUAGAUUUUUUUUUUUUUUUUUUUUUUUUUAACGUGACUACUAUUUUUACCUCGAUUUUUACACCGAGUAUUUUACUAAAUACCUCUCUGAAAAGUACAUAAGUACAUAAUAUAAGGUUGUCAUAUCGCAUGAGAAUGAAAUACUAUUGCAAUUUUUCAUAUAUAUAUAUAUAUAUAUAUGUGACAUGAGCAAACAAACAGAUGAGAAAAAUAAAAAAAGACAGAGAAUCGGGAUAGGAAAAGCUAUCUUGGCGAGAUUUUAAUUGAUCGAUCACACUUGUGCGCACAAAAAAUUACGAAACAAACAAGUAGAUUAAUAAUAACAAAAAUUCCGCAUAAGCAAAAAAUGUAUGUAAUAUUUGUAUGGUUAUCGAAUUGCGAUUGUUCGAUUUUUGAAGGUGGUAAGGUUGGGCCAAAGUUAAAUCUACUUGAUGGUUACUAUCUUAUUCAUAAUGUAUGUAUCAAAUUAGAAGAAUGAAAGUUUCUGUAUACGCGCGCAAAAGAAAAAAAAAAAAAUCUGACCCACCAAUAUUGACUAGCACGUGCCCUUUGUACUGUAUUAAUUACGAAAUCAUAAUUGGUAAAAAAAUUAGUUCUAAGAUGAGAAAGAACCUGUACAGAUAGAGAGAAAAUAAUUUGGCAUGUCGUUAUAUUGUUUUUGUACUUUACAAGUUGUUAAAACGAUGAUGAAAUGCACGCAUAUUUUUCUGUUUUGUAAAAACAACACAUCGUAUGCAACUGAAAUUCAUUCUUACACUUCAUACAAUUAUAUUGCUGAUGUGAGAUGCAAUAAAAAUUUUAACCAACACCGUGACAAAUGUUUUUAUGAGAGUCAAGGUGAGAGCGAGGUUCGAGGACAUAAAUUUAUUUCUGUAGAAAAAUUGUCUAUUAACAAAUUUCCUCGAAGAAGAUAUAAAUUUGUGAUUUAGAUGAAUUUUGCUACGAAUAUCAAAAAAUGAUAACUGAAAAGUAAGUUAUUAGUUUUUAUUUAAUUUUUUCUAUGUUACCGAUACAUAUUUCAAUUGUAUAGGAAGAAUUUUGUUGUCUUGUAAAAUUGCAGCAACGUAUGUGUAUAUUACUGACAUUAUUAGAGAAAAUUUUUUUUAAUUUUUAAAUUAAUAAUAUUUACGCGGAUUAUUUAUUGAAGAAAAAAAUAAAUGCAAAGUACUAGGAUAACUGAAAUGCAAGCGAAGAAAAUGAUUGUAUCACAAGUAAAUUCAUACCAACAUGUCUGAAUGCGCGGGUGUAUGAUAGAACUCAUGGGAGCAUAUAUCUCAUUCAACUAAAUUGGACUCAAUUUUAGAAAAGGUGAAAACGUAACUUUGGUACCUUGUGCCUUUUAUGCCUUCCAAAUUUGCAGGUACCAACUACCACUUUUGUAAUAUUGUGCGUUAAGCACAAUAAUCAGUUUUUUAAUCCUACAAUGAAUUUUAAAUUUAUGAAACAUACAUAUAAAUAUUAGAUCAAUUAAACCAUUUUUUUUUUCUAAGCGCAUUCAAGCCAGGAGAAACACUUUAAUGUCGAGAACAAGUAGGUCGAUACCAUUGUCCUUGAACUUUUGGAAAAACCUCACGUUAACAAUUUUGUAUUUUUCAAAGGGACAAAGAAUUUAAUUCUUGGUCGAAUAAUAAAUUUGUACAUAAAAAUGAAACGAACAGAAAUGCCCGAAUGAAAGAUAGGGAAAUAAUACGUAUAUUUCAUUAGAUCAUGAGUUAAGACAAAUUGCGUCUUUAUCUUACCAUCCAAAGCUUUUUACAAGGUACUGUCAUUGUUAUUGUCAAUGUCUGUAAACAGGUAAGCAAGUAUUCAUACUUCUUUUACAUUCAAGUUAAGAAGACACAGUGAUUACAUUAAUUCUCGAGUUAAUUCUACAACUCGUACUAUCGUUAUCAUUAUUUGUACAUAUUUUGACUGUAUGCGCUCAUGUAUUAUUAUUCUCUAUUUAAUGAUUAAUUUUUUUUUUUCCAAUUAUACAAAAAAAUUAGUAAAAAAGGAAAGUCGCUUUAUAUCACUGUAGAAACAUCAUUUAUUUAUAUUACAGAUACGAGGACACAUUAGUCUUUGUAAAUAUUACGAGAAAAAAAAUUUCGACUAGGUUCAGUGGUAAAUAUCAUUCUGCAUAACAGAUUGAAAAAUGCAUUGUUGACCAAAAAAGUUAAUGUUUACGAAGGCUACGUAUUUUUAAAAUAAAAACAUGCCAAUGGAGCGUUUUCGUUUCAUCAGAUUAUAUAAUUUAAGUACAACGCUCAAAAGGUUUUAAAAAAUUGUUGAUUAUUUUGUAUUAUUGCGUCGAAGAAGAAUUACGUCGACAUUUCCUAAAGACGUGAAUUACCGUAAAUUACAUUGCAGAAAAAAUGGCGAAAUGUUCAAACAAUUGACUGCUAUUUCUUUUUUUCAUUUACUUUUAUUAUUGCAACGCUUUGAAAUUCCAUUUUCUAAAUGCCAAAUGCAUUUUUUACUACUAACAUUCACUUUUUAAAACACGCAUGACAAGUCCUCUGUAAGUUGUAAUUUCAGGAUAUCAAUUUGUACGAUUAUUAUUUGUAUAUUAGCAUUGCCAUCACAACUUAUCGUAUUAAAAAGAUAUCACUGUUUAUCAACGAUACUAUUACCAUCAAUUUUAAAAGCAAUUUCGUAAUUUACUAUACGUUACUCUGUAAUUCUAUAAUAUAUUAAUUGUUGAAUUUUUUUCGUUUAUAUUAUAUCCUAUUGUUUAAUUUUUGAAUAAAAUAUAAAACGUUUAUAAAU